AUGUCAAGCUCCGACCCGAAACCCGGACCUAAACCCGGUCCAUGGCCUCCAGCUCCGGAAUCCUCCCCAAUGCCACCCUCUACAUGGGCCAAACGAACCGGCUUCCGUCCCAAAUUCUCCGGCGAGACCACCGCCUCUCAUUCCGGCCAGCUCUCAUUGCCUGCUUCCGCCAGAGCCACACCGUCAGAAACCCACCCGGAUCUCGAAGCCGGCCAGCCUCCCCUCCGUCCUCCUCCUGUCUCCGCCGGUGAGCAAGAUAAGGCUAAGAAUGACAAGCCACAACCACAACCUCCGAGUGCUGCAGCUCCGGUUAAGAGACGGAGAGAUUCUGAUGGGGGAAGAUCAAACGGACCAGAUGGUGGAGGAGCUAACGGGUCGGUUAGGAGACAGAACCGUAUCGAAGAGACAGUGGAGGUUCUGCCACAGAGCAUGGCUGAUGAUGAUUUAGUCGCUAGAAAUCUCCACAUGAAGUAUGGACUCAGAGAUACUCCUGGACUUGUUCCAAUUGGGUUCUAUGGUUUGCAGCAUUACCUCUCCAUGUUAGGUUCACUGAUUCUUGUCCCACUCGUUAUUGUUCCUGCAAUGGGAGGUUCCCACGAGGAUAUUGCAAAUGUUGUCUCAACUGUACUUUUUGUCUGUGGAAUCACUACAUUGUUGCAUACUUCAUUUGGGUCGAGGCUUCCUUUGAUUCAAGGCCCUUCUUUUGUUUUUCUCGCUCCGGCUCUGGCCAUCAUUAACUCUCCAGAGUUUCAAGGUUUGAAUGGAACUAAUAACUUCAAGCAUAUCAUGAGAGAGCUGCAAGGUGCAAUCAUAAUUGGUUCAGCUUUUCAAGCAGUGCUUGGAUACAGUGGCCUAAUGUCCCUGAUUUUGAGGUUGAUCAAUCCAGUAGUUGUUGCUCCGACAAUAGCUGCAGUUGGACUUUCGUUUUACAGCUACGGUUUUCCGCUUGUUGGUAAAUGUCUUGAGAUCGGUGUAGUGCAGAUACUACUUGUGGUCAUCUUUGCUCUUUAUCUCCGAAAAAUCUCAAUUUUAAGCCAUCGGAUUUUCCUUAUUUAUGCGGUUCCAUUGAGUCUUGCAAUAACCUGGGCUGCUGCAUUCCUCUUAACCGAAGCAGGAGCUUACACCUACAAAGGCUGUGACCCCAACGUACCCGUCUCAAACGUUGUAUCAAACCACUGCAGAAAGUACAUGACCAGAAUGAAGUACUGUCGCGUUGACACUUCUCACGCCCUUAGAUCUGCCCCUUGGUUUAGGUUUCCUUACCCCUUGCAAUGGGGCGUGCCGAUAUUCACCUGGAAAAUGUCUCUCGUCAUGUGUGUGGUCUCCAUAAUCGCUUCAGUAGAUUCGGUUGGUUCGUACCAUGCAUCUUCUCUGUUAGUAGCAUCGAUGCCUCCUACGCCCGGUGUUGUGAGCCGGGCAAUAGGUCUUGAAGGGGUCACGAGUCUCCUAGCCGGUUUAUGGGGUACAGGUACUGGCUCAACCACCUUAACCGAAAACGUUCACACGAUCGCUGUGACCAAGAUGGGAAGCCGCAGAGUCGUUGAGCUAGGCGCAUGUGUUUUGGUUAUACUAUCCCUUGUUGGUAAAGUUGGAGGGUUUAUAGCAUCGAUACCUCAAGUGAUGGUUGCUUCUCUUCUAUGCUUUAUGUGGGCAAUGUUUACGGCCUUAGGUCUUUCAAACCUACGUUACAGUGAAGCUGGAAGCUCGAGGAACAUCAUAAUCGUGGGGUUAUCGCUAUUCUUUUCUCUAUCUGUCCCUGCUUACUUCCAGCAAUAUGGCGUUUCUCCAAACUCGAACCUCUCUGUUCCAAGUUAUUACCAGCCUUACAUUGUUGCUUCUCAUGGACCCUUCAACAGCCAAUAUAAAGGGGUACGUUUACGCUUUUGCCUUUUUCAAAAUGUAAAUCUCAGGAGAGUAUUAGUAAACUUGUGUAAGAGUUUUGUGCAGGUGAACUAUGUGAUGAACACGCUGUUAUCGAUGAACAUGGUGAUUGCGUUCAUCAUGGCAGUGGUUUUGGACAAUACUGUACCUGGGAGUAGGCAAGAACGUGGUGUUUAUGUUUGGUCUGAUAGUGAGACUGUGACGAGAGAACCAGCACUUGCUAAAGACUAUGAGCUGCCGUUUAGAGUGGGAAGGUUUUUCAGAUGGGUCAAAUGGGUUGGCAUUUGAAAGACAAAAAAAAAAACUCAAUGGCAAAGUGGUAAAUAAUUAGAUUUUCUUUUUGUUUUCUUUUCCUCUGUUUUUUAGUCUCUCUCAGUUUUAUAAAACACCUUGGAGUUUUCUUGGAUCGCAAGUUUGUUUGUUGAACAGAGCACGUGGAAUUGGAUGUUGUUGUUGUUGUAAGUUAUAUGGACUAUUAUGAGCAAUCCUUUUAUUA